AUCGGCAGAGGAAUAGCCGGAAACAAGGGAAUGAUGUGGUACUCUUAAUACAGUAAUUAGCCAAAACAAGUUAAAUUGGAAUUUUGGAUGACAUUCAUAUUCUAGGUGGAGCUGCGUUUACAACACCGAACGCCCACGAACGCACUGAUACCUGUACGGUUGUCUCCUCGUUAUGGUCGCAUUUUCUGCCUCUGUGGAGUGGAGUCAUAUAACAUUGAUUUAUUUUUAACUUGCGUAUUAAGGACACUGGCACUGAAAGUUUCACGGGAAAAAAAUGCAUUCUUCAGAUCGUGGGAGACUGUCCGUGUUUUUUAUAACACUCUGGAUUAUAUUUCUCAGUCAGGGCAAUGGAUGUCGCGGGGAUAUCGCUAAAAAGACUACAACAGCUAAAGCUUCAACGGGCAAACCAGGUGAAGCCGUACAGGCAUACCCAAAUGCGGAGGAGAACCUUCCACUUUUCACUAUUAACUAUCCACGCGUACAGGUUCCGUUAGAAAUCACGCUGUGGGUGCUUUUAGCUUCAUUCGCGAAAAUUGGUUUCCAUGUUUACCACAAAAUAACAGUAUGGAUCCCAGAGUCGUGCCUUUUAAUUGCCAUUGGACUGAUUGUUGGAGGGAUUAUGCACUCUGUUCACGAGGAGCCGCCCGCAGUGUUGAGCUCAAAUGUCUUUUUCCUCUACAUGCUGCCUCCUAUUGUGCUUGACUCUGGCUAUUUUAUGCCCACCCGGCCUUUCUUUCAGAAUGUUGGCACAGUCCUGUGGUUUGCCAUCAUGGGGACUCUGUGGAACUCCAUUGGAAUUGGGCUCUCCCUGUUUGCCAUCUGUCAAAUUGAGGCUCUUGGUCUCAAGGACAUUAAUAUGCAGGAUAACCUGCUUUUUGGCUCCAUAAUUUCAGCAGUGGACCCUGUGGCAGUGCUCACUGUGUUUGAAGACGUCAAUGUAAAUGAGCAGCUUUAUAUUGUGGUCUUUGGAGAGUGCCUGUUCAAUGAUGCUGUCACUGUGGUGUUAUACAACAUGUUCACCUUUGUAGCAGAUAUGCCAGAAGUGGAAUCUGUCGAUGUCUUCCUUGGCAUUGCAAAGUUUUUUAUUGUCGGGGUUGGAGGAAUGCUGUUUGGAUUUCUGUUCGGGUUUACGGCGGCAUUUACGACACGGUUCACAACCAAUGUCCGAUCAAUCGAGCCUCUCUUUGUCUUCAUGUACAGCUACCUUGCCUAUCUGAUAGCAGAGAUGUUGUCAAUUUCCAGCAUCAUGGCCAUUAUAAUGUGUGCCUUGACGAUGAAGUACUACGUGGAGGAGAAUGUGUCCCAGAGGUCCUGCACCACCAUCAGACACGUUAUCAAGAUGUUCGGCACUGUUUCAGAGACCCUCAUCUUCUUCUUCCUCGGAGUUGUAACUAUUACAACUGACCACGAGUUUAACUGGGGCUACAUCUGCUUCACCAUCUUCUUCUGCUUUUUUUGGAGGGGAUUAGGCGUCCUUGUCCUGACCCAGAUUAUCAACCCUUUCCGAACCAUACCUUUCAACUUCAAGGACCAGUUCGGCAUAGCUUAUGGUGGUCUUCGGGGGGCUAUCUGCUUUGCCCUGGUGUUUCUCUUGCCCGAUAGUGUGGCAAGAAAAAAUUUAUUUGUCACCGCAACCAUUGCAGUGAUCAUGUUCACUGUCUUCAUUCAGGGCAUCAGCAUUCGGCCCCUGAUAGAGUACAUGAAUGUCAGGAGGACAAACAGGAAGCUGGAUACCAUUAAUGUGGAGAUUCACAGUCGGCUCAUGGAGCAUACGAUUGUGGGUAUUGAAGACCUUUGUGGACAAUGGAGUCACUACUACUGGAAAGACAAGUUUAAAAAAUUUAAUGACAAAAUCCUUAGGAGAAUUCUCAUUAAAGAAAACAAGGCAGAGUCCAGCAUUGUUGCAUUAUACAAGAAGCUUGAACUACAGAAUGCCAUGGAGCUGCUGGAUACUGCAGGAGACUUAAGUGCUGCUCCCUCUGUGAUAUCUUUAAAUGAGGACAAACCUUCUAAACCAAAGACUUUCUUACCGGACGAGCUGAGGAACAUGCAUGAUAUGUUGACCAAGAAUAUGUACAAAAUCCGACAAAGGACCAUAUCCUAUACCAGCAAGUAUGCUCUGCCAGAUGACAGUAAAACACAAGAAAUCUUGAUUCGCCGUCAUGCCAGCAUGAGGAAAAGUUUGAGAGGAAGAAGCUUACAGAGACCCGUCAUUGCCAAGUCACACAAAUACUUUUCACUCCCUGCUGGCCAGAGUCUUGUGCACAGAAAAACCAGUUUUGCAGCUAGCGAAGUCCUACCCCUGAAGAACUCUUCUGGCAGUCCCAGUGUGCUACCCAGAGCUGCACGACCAGCCAGAGCACCAGACCCUUCAAGGCCCAUGAUGCCACUCAGGAGACUGAACACUGUGAGGGAGGUGCCCAAUUCCAGGAACCGCCAGACCCCACUGUUGCAUAUUGAAGUUGAAGGAGAAGCUCGGAGGGGUCUGGGCUCCAAGAGGCAAUGCUCAAGCGCCAGCGACUCCCGGGUUUCCAUGCCAAGGCGGCACUUCGGUUUUCUCGCUGACGGAGCCUCAGACGACAACAAAAAUAAGGUUGAGGAGGAACUUCAGCCGCCUGUUGGCUGGGCCCCAGAGUCGCGGGAUCCCAGGGACAAAGGAGCUAGCAACCCUCUGCUGCGAAGACCAUGGGAUUCACAAAGGCCCUGAGCAAGCAGUCCCACAGUGGACCUGGGAGCCUCCUCCCCCUCAGUCUGGGAUUAGAGCUACUGUAGUAGGUGCGCUAACGGUUAGCUUGUGAGCCUAGUAUUUUAAACUUUUAAAAAUUUCAUUCUGGUAAGUAAUUGCUACUUUUUUGAAAGACUCAGUUAAACUGAAUGUAUUAGAAUCUUCCACUGUAAGAAUCAUACAUGUACUGUGUGUGUGUGUAUAUAUAUAUGCUAUAUAAGAAUAAUAAUAUGAGUGCUCUUCUUCAAUAUAUGCAAUAUUCAGUAUAAUGUUGUAUGUGACUUUAUGAUAAGAUGAGCACUAUGCUUACUCCACAUCAAAAGUAAAAAAACCUCUGUGCACUCUUAUUCAAAGAAUCAUACAUGUCUCUAGAAGGAUCAGUAAGACAGAAGAAAAGAUCAUAUACUGUACUGUUUGAGUGAAUAAUCCUUAAAUGAAAUGGUCAUUCUUAAAAGAAACCUACCACUUAUUUAAAUUUGUCAUCUGUCCCUUUUCCCAUUUAUUGUAUUUGAGUGUCUACAAUCAUUCUUUAUGAUACAGGUCAGCAAUUUUUUUUACCUUAAAGUAUAUUUGAGCGUUUUGAAGUUCUGAAUGAUCCUGAAGUUGCUCCCUUUUAAACAUGUGUACCUUAAAAUCCAGUCAUGUUCAUGCAAGGCCAUAUCAGUUUAUCAUUGUUAUUAUUAUCGUUGUAUGGAAACUGUAUUUUGUGGACUCUAAUGUUCUACUUAGAAAAGUCCAUAAUUAAAAUCUUAUUUACAUUACUAUAUCUAAUGCGCAUUUCCCAUUUAGUAGAAAAUAUCAAUCAAAUUGUCUAAGCCCCGCUAUAGUGGACUAGAGCCUCUGCAUUUCCACUUUACAUCUGUGAUAAAACCUACAUGUCCUUAUAAUUGCUUGAUGUUGCAGAAAUAAAAACUAAACCAACAUUACAAUUAGUGACUUCCACCCUAUCCAAAUUGCAAAAUAGUGAAAAAUAUCAAUGUAACUUGCAUGACAGCAAUUUUUGUCACUUCGGGACAACUUGGUCAUUUUUUUUUAAUUCCCUUCAAGAUUUUAUUGUUUAGCAUAACAAUUCAUAUGCAGGGCACCUCUCCCUACUCUGCACUCCUUCAUGAAACUUGGUUAGGUCUGGAAAACAUUGACUUAUUUUCAAACUAUGUAAUACACACAUUUCUGUUAGAAUUUUGUUAGACUUAAAGAAUCAUACAUAACCAAUGAACAGGAAAAGCAUGUGUACUGUACUACACCCUUUUAAACAAGUCCUGUAGCUGAUAAGGCAUCUGGGAAAACCUUGCACUUACAGUACCACAAGGUGAUAAGCUAACUACUUCACUCCUUGUGCUCUUGAUUAAAGAAAUGCAGAAACUACUGAUUGCACAUGGACAAUUCCAGCACAGUACUUUCUUUGUGCUUUCCACAACAGGACUGCAGUGUAGCUUUGGUGCCUUCUUAGUGGAAAUUGGUGCUGUGUUUCCAAAACAACAUAAAUAUCUGGAGUUGACAACCACGUUAAAAUUAAUUGAGCUACUUAGUAGAAAUGAACAUUUUUACCAGUAAAAAGUAUAAUUUUAAUGCCAAUGAAUAAAGGUUCUUCAGUAACUGUUCAUCUAGUGACUAAUGUUGGAAGGUGCUACUUAGAAUGCUAUAUUACCAUUCUAAGUGAAUAUAUGAAGAAAGCAAUAAGUUAUUUUUAUCCAUUCAUGCUAAGCACAGGUUUAACUUGAAAGGUGAGUAGAAGUGAUUCAUUGCUGCACAGUUCUGAAUGCAAGGAAGUUUCAGAGAGAUUGUAUUAACUUCACUGGCAUUCUUAAAAAGGGAUGUAUAUGUAUGGAAUCUAGAUUAAACUGUUUUUUUACUAAGUGGACACCAUGGAUAUUUCUGAAAUGUCUGUAUGUUGUGAAAAAAAGUGUUUCAUGGGAAUUGUUUUUUUUUUAGUUUAUGAAACGUGAAGGGACAGGGGUAUCAGAAUUGUGCUUAAGGAAGGUGUCAGUAAAGUUGUCCCUUAACUUAACUUUCCUACAUCUUUUUGCAGUAUGUUGAUACAACACACCAUUUCCUGGUCUCUACUGAAGGUGAUAAAUUUGCUUGCUGUCACAAUGGUUUACUAUAUAUAUGGUAUAUUGUAGAUUAAGCUAAAGUUAAAGAAUCCUACAGAGCAGUCUUCUGUUUAAGAAGGAAGACUUCCCCUGUAUACUGUAUCACAGUAUUUAUGCUAUAAAUUUGGAAACACUUCACAUAAACAAACUAUUUUAGUUGUUUUAAAAAUAAAAAAAGUUCUACUUUGAAAUGAAUGGUGUAAUGAAGCAUAAUGUGAU